ACUUCACACUGAAUUGCAUGCCGAAAGGCCUCUGGGCCAGUCGUUCGGUCGUGUCCUGCAGGCGACGAGUCUUGUGGUUCAACUCUACUUAAUUCCUAGCCGGCGCGACGACUUGGACGACGAAUGUUGCCAAUGGGACAGGUAGAAUGUUCCAUCAUCACUUCUUCAUUUUUGGUCCCUCAUUUCCAGUCCCGUCAAAAUCAGAUUCCCAUCUUGACUAUGUUGAGUCUACCUUGCACAAAUCAGUCAAUGCAUUAUUGUUAUAAGCUCAAUGACAGGUGGGGCCUCCCGAAAUAUUGACAUGUCCAUGGACAAGUGAAGUUAACCCAAGGGCCAUUGGUAGGGCAAACCGCACUAGUGUAUUAGAGCUUCCUCCACAAUGCAUGGUGCUCACCUCGAUCCCCAUUUCAGACCGAGGAAGACGACGAGUGCUUCAGAAUGAUCGCGCCCAACACUGCCCUAAACCUCUCCGUGCUGUUUCUCCUCGUGCUCCUCUCCGGCAGUUCCUGCUCGGCCGCCGACGAUGUCGACUUCAUCUACCAAGGUUUCCAGCACGCGUCGGGCUCGGACCUGGCCCUGGACGGCUCCGCGUCGGUGCUGCACGGCGGCGCGCUCCGGCUCACCAACGACAGCAACCGCCUCGUCGGCCACGCUUUCAGGAGCUCCCCCGUCCGCUUCCUCCACGGCGGCGGGAGGCUGGCGUCGUUCAGCACGGCGUUCGUCCUCGACAUCGUGACCGUCGGGAGCGGCGGCGGCCACGGCCUGGCCUUCGUGGUCUCCCCUUCCACCACGCUCCCCGGAGCGUCCCCCGAGAUCUACCUCGGCGUCUUUGGACCAACCACAAACCGCAACGCCUCCAACCACGUCCUCGCCGUUGAGUUCGACACCGUGAUGGACCUGGAGAUGGACGACAUCAAUGGCAACCACGUCGGCGUCGACGUGAACAGCCUCUUCUCCAACGUGUCGGAGCCGGUGGCGUACUAUGCCGGCGACGGCGACAACACCAAGGUUCCCGUGACGCUGGAGAGCGCGCAGCCGAUCCAGGCGUGGAUCGACUACGACGGCGGCAGCGGCGUCCUCAACGUGACCGUCGCCCCGGUGUCCGUCGCGACCCGGCCUCGCCGGCCGCUGAUCUCCACGAAGCUCGAUCUCCGGCCGGUCUUCAAGGAGGACAUGUACGUCGGCUUCUCGUCGUCGACGGGGAAGCUGGCGAGCGCGCACUACAUCUUGGCGUGGAGCUUCCGGACAAACGGGCCGGCUCAACCCAUCAAUCUCCGGCGGCUGCCGAAAGUGCCGCGGCCGAGCUCGGGUCCCUCCAAGCUCGUCAUCGUCAAGUUCGCUGCCGUGGCUUGCGCGGGGACGCUCGCGGUAAUCGCAGCGGGCAUGGCCGCCGUGCGCUGGGUUAGGAAGCGGGCGGCGCUCGCUGACAAGCUCGAGGACUGGGAGCUGGAGCACCCUCACAGGUUCCCGUACAGGGAGCUCUACAAUGCGACUAAGGGAUUCAAGCAAAGCGAGCUUCUUGGCGCCGGCGGCUUCGGCCAGGUGUACAAAGGGGUCCUCCGGCGGCGGCGCUCGGCCGGCGACUUGGUGGCGAUCAAGCGGAUCUCCGCAGGCACGAGGCAGGGAAUGAAGGAGUUCGUCGCCGAGGUCGCGAGCCUCGGGCGCAUGCGCCACCGCAACCUCGUCGAGCUCCGCGGGUGGUGCAAGCACGGCCAGGACCUGCUCCUCGUCUACGAGUUCAUGCCCAACGGCAGCCUCGACUCGCGCCUGUUCGGCACCGGCGCUGGCGCCGCCGCGGACCGGGAUAAGGCGUCGCCGCCGCCGCUGGCGUGGGCGCAGCGGUUCGCCGUCCUCGGCGGCGUCGCCCGCGGCCUGCUGUACCUGCACGAGGAGUGGGAGCACGUGGUGGUGCACCGCGACGUGAAGGCCAACAACGUCCUCCUCGGCGCCGACAUGGGCGCUCGGCUCGGCGACUUCGGCCUCGCGCGACUCUACGAGCACGGCGCGGACCCGGCGUCGACGCGCGUGGCGGGGACGCUCGGGUACAUGGCCCCCGAGCUCACCGUCACCAGCCGCGCCACCACGGCCGCCGACGUCUUCUCCUUCGGCGCGCUGCUGCUCGAAGUCGCGUGCGGGCGCCGCCCAGUGGAGCCGCCGCCGCCGGACGAGGCGACGGCUGACGGCGGUGAUGCGCCGGACGUGGUCCUGGUUAGGUGGGUCCGCGACUGCGGGCUUGCCGGCGACCUGCUGCGCGCCGUGGACCCGAGGCUGGAGGGGUGCUACGACGAGGGGGAGGCGAGGCUGGUGCUGUGGCUUGGCCUGAUGUGCAGCCAGGUUCGGCCGGAGACGAGGCCCACCAUGAGGCAGGUUAGCCGGUAUCUCAGCGGCGAGGAGGCGAUUCAGGAGGACGCGGAGCUCGUCUUCUCCGGCGCCAACACGGCCGAGUACUUCGGGUCGUCGGUCUCCAUGACGUGGUCCUCCUCCGGCGGUACGAUGUCGGCCAGCUCGCUGCAAGGCGGACGGUGAACUACUACCUUAUAUAGAAUGCUGCAAGGGCGCACACGGUUACGAAAACCCUCGGGAAGCAACGGGACGAAUUGCAUGUGCCACUUACCAUUUAGCUAAUAAGCCUGUGGAUAUUGAGGUUCUCCGAGAAGAAGUGCUUCCUGGUAUGCAGCUGAAACAAAGUUCUUCCUAAUGGUAAAAAGAGGAGGGUUCACAGCUGGAGAAACGGCUUUUUAGUACCAGUUUCCACUUGGAGUCCAUUAGUACCGGAUCAAAUAAUCAGUACUAAAGGGUAUCUAUUAGUACUAGUUGAUGUUACCAACCGGUACUAAAUUGUUUAAAACUUGUUGAACAGCAGAAGGCUCAUAUGUGUAAUAUGCGUGUGCACAGUGCCUGAGAUUCGAACCCAUGACUUCAAACCUCGCAUGAUCCUUCCUUAUCAUCUCACCUACAUAAUACAUGUG